AUGUUGUCACCCGACGCCGUGGUGCUGCACAGUAGUGACGACGGCGUGUCGAUGAACAUGGAACGGCGCCAGGACAGAUGCCAGUCUGCAAGCCCCCUCAACCUCGACUUCCUGAUCAUGCCGACAGAUGCAACAUCCUGCCACGACGACAUGAACAAAUUGGCAGCUAACUCUUGGACGACGCCAUCCAAAACAUGUCCCGCGAACACGGGCGCAGCCGCAGAAUGGAACUGGGGUGAUGCUUCGUUCGACGUCCCCGGGCCCCCGUCGCAUCAAACCACUCAGCUGCAGCAACAUGUGAACAAAGAAUUGGACCUUGCGGAGGCAGCCCCAGACGCUGUCCCCUUACCACUACUCUCGCUUCCGGAGGCCACCAUGGUGCAGAAGACGUCCAACUUGUCAGAUCAUCUCCAAUACAUCUGCGACCUGGUCCAGCUGAGCUCGCUGCCUUCCAGAUACACCAGUGGCCCCUAUAUCAUGAACGACCUGCUCCAUGCGCUCUUUCACGUUGCCUGGCCCUUCAUGGGCUACUGGGUGACCUGGACCAACUCAUGUGGGCUUAUUGCGCCGAUCAUGUGGUGGCAAGCGACGCGAACGGAAGCGGCGCGCAUGGCCAUUGCGCCCAUCUACAGACCCACGCUCAUGCAGAUGAUGACCCCGUGUUAUCCCAAGGUCAUUGACUGGGUGCCUCAUGCGGCUCUCCGGGACAGCUUGAUCAGUACCUACAUGACCUACGACUUGGAUACCAUGGUUUGUCAUCUCACCGAGGCUUACGUCCGGGAACCGGGUUUCGGCGAGUCGUCAACCACCGGAUUCAAUGUCAUGGAUUUUGUGUUGAACACGCUGGAUUCCGGCCACGGAGCGAGCGGCUCCACGAUGUCGCGGCCGGGCUUUCUCUUCGCCUAUCCAACGACUGCGGCGUCGACGGCGUGCAGCCACUCCACACCGCCGACUGACAGCCAAAUGCAUCGGUUCAAGAUCGAUCCCUCCUUUGUCGCCAAAUACCCGCGUCUGUACCACCCCUCCGCGGUGGCCAAACAGACAAUCGCUCGUCCGGCGGGAGUGCCCAAACUUGCGCCGCCUUCUCCUCUGAACCCGGCCGCCAUGCAGGUGUAUCUUAACCUCCUUCUACAAAACAAGUCAUAG